GAAACUUGUGGUCGGUGCCAAUUUAUGAUCUCAAUUUAUUUCAUUUAUUGUUAUCCUGGUGCGAGCCAAAACAUAACUUCUUAAAGCAAACCUGCUAACAGGGACAUGUGAAGGAGCCGUGCUUCGUUUGGUAAAUUCAAGUGCGACCCUUUCUAUUUCUUAUGGCAAGAGAAACUUACAUCGUCCAUGGUGGAAGAUAAGUUGGACUGCACUUUCCUUUGUGUCGGUGAACCAAAGUGCUAUUCGUUCAACAUAGCAGUGUAUCCUGACUCCAAAGGUCUUUAUCUGUGUGAGUUAUUGGCCACAGACAAGUACAGAGAGGCUGAAAAGGUUCAUGCAAAUGCUACCUUCCAUCACUGCAGUCCGUUGUCUCCAUGUGAAAGCGCUCCUUGUAAGAACGGAGGUGUCUGUGUUCCUGAAUAUGAAAGGAACUCCUAUCAUUGUGAAUGUAAGCCUGGAUUUUGCGGAACUCACUGCAAACGCAGCAAACGUGGAGGGGAUCGAACUUGCAGUGACAUCAAAUACUGCAAUCCUGAGGCUAAAAAUGGCUCUUAUGUCAUCGACCCUGAUGGAGAGGGCGGAGUGAAACCAUUUAAAGUCUUCUGUGACAUGACUGACAAAGGCGGGAUAGGAGUGACAGUUGUCAGUCACGACAGUGAAAACAGAACACUGGUGGCUGGGUUUGAAGCCCCUGGUAGCUAUUGGCGUAAUGUUACUUAUGAUGAAACCAGUCUAAUUCAGCUAGUAAGCUUAACAGCUUCAUCUUCUCACUGUGAGCAGUUUAUUAAAUACGAGUGCUAUGAUUCAAGGCUCCUUCGCAAUGGUAGCAUGUUCGGCUGGUGGGUAUCACGUGAUGACGAGAAGAUGAAUUACUGGGGUGGAGUCAACUCUGUUCCCUUUAAAUGUGCAUGCGGUUUGACUGACACGUGCGCGGACAGCAGUUACGGCUGCAACUGCGAUAAGAACGAUUUGAAUUGGCGAGAGGACAGCGGUUUACUAACAGACAAGUCCAAGCUUCCCGUGAUUCAAAUGAGAUUUGGAGAUACCGGUGAAUUUGUGCUUUACAAUGAAUCAGGGUAUCACACCCUUGGACCACUGGAGUGUUAUGGACUCAUCUAG